AUAAUCCAUUAUAAAUAUCUGUGACAACUCUGAUUUCUAUUAUUAAGCAUAGCAGCAUGUUAACUAAUCUUUUUCACUUUUAUACUUAAAUUUUAUCAUAUCUAAUACUUUUGUUUCUAUUUCUUUGUUAUCGUUUUAGAUUCAGGUCAGGUGCAGAUUGAAGAGGAUAAAGUUUCUCUGGAUGUGAAUAAGAAAAGAGCGGUGAAAACACCAGCCCAGGUUAUAGUUCUUGAGAACUUCUAUAAAGACGAAAGAUUUGCUUCAGAUGAAAUGAAAGCAAAACUGGCUGUUCAACUAGGGUUGACACAAAAGCAGAUAUCUAGUUGGUUUUGUCACAGAAGGUUAAAAGACAAAAGGAGAGAUGACUACUACGCUAAUGUGCAACAUGAUUAUUCUAGUGGUGUUAUCCAGGAUCAUGUUAGCGGGCUCAGGCAAGAUUCUUGUGGCAGUAUUAAGCAGGGAGAUUACAGAUAUAUUGAUCUGAGGGAGGUAGAAAGUCGAAUAAUUCAUGGCCAAGGGUUUCCAGCUGCUGACCUCACAUACGAGCGUAGAAGUCAUCAAUAUCCAUAUGGCGUUCAGAUGGAGGAUCCAUCUUCUGAAAGUAGUCUGUCUUUGCACGAUCAGCUUUUCUUGAAAAGUGGGAAUCCUUAUGACAUGCACAUUUCAGCUAAACCUACACAAAAUGGAGCAAUUGUGCAGACAAACUCAAGUUCUAAAAGCAUAGGUUAUAAGCCAUCUGGAUAUUUGAAGGUUAGGGGUCAAAGUGAGAAUCCUGUUAUUAGUGCUGUCAAGAGGCAGAUGGGAAGGCAUUAUCGAGAAGAUGGUCCAGUGCUCGGAAUUCAAUUUGAUCCACUUCCUCCUGGUGCAUUUGAGUUCCCAAGUAGCCAUCCAGUCAACGAGCUAAUCAAUAUUAGAGAUUUUCGGCAGCCCCAUUGUUUAGAUAUCUCUAGAGUGAUGAAGCAGUCGAAGCCUAAGAUUGUAAGUGGAUUCUUGAUGCAUUUUUCAAAGUUUUAGCAUGCAUAAUGGACACCCAAACUAUAUUUAUAUUAUAUUUUGUAAUUUUAAGACCCUGUUAAACAAUGGUCACAAUAACUGAGAGUUAAUUUGUACUAGUUCAAUCAGUAUUUGAGCUAAAUAUGAUAAACUAUUUUUUCCUAAGGUGCCAUUUGCAAUCUUGUUGAAAGAGAACUAAAUUCAGGGUAAAGGUACAUGCAGCGGAGGCACACUAUAAUCUUGAUCUUCUAAAGAAUAUAGAUGUUCUAGGCAAGGCCUCUUUGAAGCUAGAUCAUCCUUUUUCAACAAAACAUCCACGUCAUUACUCACAUUAAAGAGUUCACAAAGAGCUCCCCUUAUAUCUUGAGGUAAUUCUUGGCAGUCCCUGCUGAUUUUGAUAGGUUUGUAGUCAUUCAAUGGGUUCUUAAGGUGUAGUGUCUUUUGGAAAGGCAGGUGAUUUAAGCAGAGGCAUUUGACCUUAAAACUACAGCCCAAUGAUUACUUUUACCACUUCCUUGGCUCUAAACAUUAUAUCGCCUCAAUCCAACAGAAUACAUCAUUUGGGUAUAAUCUUGGAAGAAACCACUCAUGUUGACACUAAAUAUUAAAAUAACAAAAACGAAAUUAUGAAAAGCAUCUUCUAAAAUUGGUUUUUCAUGACUUAAGUAGCCCAAAUUCCUUUUUCAAUUGAUAGUUGAAUAUUUUGGUGGUUCAAACUCUUAAUGAUGAAGUAUCUUGUAUUACACAAUUUGACCCUUUUGUCUUCCAUAUGAGAAUACUCUAGGUCUUAUGCCUUAAAGAGAUAGUCAUCCUCAUUCUCUAAAUCGUCUAAAUUUCCCAUGUCAUUUUUCCAUUCAGUCAUAGAUGAAUCAACUGCAGAUGCAUUUUCUCUUGCAGUAUCAGAAGACAUAUCCUUAUUUACCUCCAGUCACAAUGCAGAUUAAUGAAAAAGAAAUCAAGCCAAACUCUAUUUAAGAGGGAAAACCAAACAGAAAGCAAAACAGAAAUGUUGAAGUUGAAGUUGAAGUGUAAGUGGAAGUACCAAGUGAUUGGCUAUGUAUUAGUGUCUUGGCCUUACCUGUAGUAAAUGAACCCUAACUUUUGUUUCCCUUUUUUUUUUUUUUUUUUAAAUUUUCAUUUCUUAGAAUUGAACCUUCCAACACGUUAGAAGGUGGGUUUACAACGAUUUAGUAUAGAAGAAGAAUAGAGUACUAAACUGAACAUUUCUAUUCUGAAUCUUGAAAGGAAUUCUUACUAUGUUCAUUUUACAUCUCAAAUAUAUAAAGAGCUAGCAUAACUGCUCUUUCAACAAAUUCUUAGCUAUAUUAACAAUUUCAGUUUCUAGCUAACUAACUGCAUUAACUAUAAACUCUAACAUCCACCCAUCUUCUCGACGAGAAAGACUUGAAGAAAAUUACGAAACUGAGUAAAAGACGUUACUGACUGUGGCUUGGUGAACACAUCAGCCACUUGAUCACAGGCGGGAACCUUACCAACCAUAAGCGAUCUAUCCGCAACUUUCUCACGUACAAAAAACAGAUCUAGCUCUACAUGCUUGAACUUAGAAUGUAGGAUAGGAUUGGCUGCAACCUCAACUGCACUUGAGCUAUCGCACCAUACAUUUGGAGUAUCAGCAGACUUAAGCUGUAGUUCUUGAAGUAACGAAAGUAACAAGGUAACUUCACUUGCGGCUGCGGCAAGGCUCCUGUAUUCUGCCUCUGUCAUAGACCGCGACACCACUUGCUGCUUCUUAGAGACCAUGAUACGAGAGUUUGUUCAAAGUACCCCACUUGGCAUCGGCAUAUCCAAUCAAUGACAAUUGAGCAGACGGAUGAACGACUAUCCCAAAAUCAAGAAUGUCGUACAAAUACCUCAAAAUGUGUUUCAGUGCUACCAUAUGAGUAGUAGUAAGAUUAUGUAUGAACUGACAGAUCCGAUUUACUGCAUAUGCAAUAUCGGGCCUAGUUAGAACAACAUAUUAGAGAGCACCAGCAAGGUUAUUGUAUCAGUCGGGUCCUUCAACCAUUCGCCAUUAUCUUUAGACAUAGUAGAUGAGCUGACCAUCGACGUAUGAACACUCUCUGCAUUGGUCAUCUAACACCGCGCAAGAAUGUCACGGAUAUAUUUCUUUUGACAUAAAUGUAGACACCAGGAUGAGUGAGUAACUUCUACCUGAGAAAAUAGUGAAGAAUGCCGAGAUCUUUAUGCGAAAAUUUGUCAUUUAAUAUUCGAACAAACCAAUCUAUAGUAGUGAAUGAACUUCUGGUAAUAAUAAUGUUAUCGACGUAUACAAGCACAUAUAGGGUAGAAUCAGACUGGAUUCGAACAAAUAACGAUGCAUCAUAUUUAGACCCAACGAACCCGAUAAAGAUGAGAAAUUGCUUCAACUUCUCAAACGACGCACGCGAAGCUUGAUGAAAAAGCUUUCUUCAGGUGACACACAAAAUGUGUACCUUUGGAAUCACACUUAACAUACCCCGGAGGUUAUUGCAUAAACACUUUAAUGUCAAGAUCACAAUUUAAGAACACAUUAUUUACAUUGACUUGACGAAGUGGCCAUUCUUUUGAAACAGCAACGGAUAGAAUAACUUGGAUGGUAGUAGGUUUCACCACUAGACUAAACGUUUCUUUGAAAUCACAUCCAGGAACUUGAGAACAACCCUUAGCAACUAACCGAGCUUUCUUGCAGGUAAUGAUACCAUCAAGAUUUCACUUUAUUUUGAAUAUCCAUUUGCAGCCGAUGACCUUACGGUUAGGUGGUAGGUAAACAAGUUCCCAGGUAGAGUUGUGAAUAAGAGUAUCAUACUCAGCCUGAGUAGCAGCCCGCCACUCGGAGGUAGACAUAGCUUCCUCAAUUUUAGAUGGCUCAACAUUCAGAGCUCAUGGUUUGAAAAUACCUGCUUUAGCCCUAGCUACCAUAGGAUGAGUGUUGGUAACAGGAAAAAGAGAAUCCGGACUACUAUGAGAAGAUGUAGUAUCAUCAUUAGAUCUCGUGGAACAGGGAGCAUCGACAAGCAAAGGAAAAUCUGGACUGGGAGUAUCAGUCGGUGGUGAACAGGAGUGCUGAAACUCAAGGACCAUCCUAGAACCUAUCAAAAAAGUGUCAGCUUGAUACGAAACCAGCAGAACAGCAGAGACCUCAAGGGGUUGAGAAGAGAUUUGCUGAACAAGAGGAACACCCAUGAAGCAGUAGCUUUUGAUACUGGAACAGAACCUUCUGAAGUAGACUCAGAUGAAAGAAACCUAUUCUCAUCAAACAUAACAUGUCGAGAGAUGACAACCUUACUGUUUGGUAACAAGCAUUGAUAACCCUUGUGUUGAGAGCUAUACCCCAAAAAGGUGGAAGGCUGAGACGUAAACUCUAAUUUAUGUGCCAAAAAUGGUCGUAAAUAUGGAAAACAACAACAACCAAACACUCGUAGAUGAUCGUAUGUGGGAUCAUGCCCAAAGAGAGCCCUAAAUGGAGAUUCUCCUUGUAAAACUACUGUAGGAAGUCGAUUAAUGAGAUGCACUACACAACAAAAGGCAUACCUCCAAUAUUCCAUGGAGAGAUUUGCUUGAGCUAACAACACGAGGCCUAUUUCAACGACAUGCCGAUGUUUACGCUCAGCCACUCUAUUUUGUUCAGAAGUAUAGGGACAAGUUCAUCGAUGAAUAAUCCUCUGAGAGGCUAGGAAAGACAUGAAGGCACGAUACUCGCCUCCCCAGUCACUCUACAGUUGUUUAAUGGAUUUGCCAAACCGUGUUUUGAUUAGCUAUUGAAAACUAGUGAAGCACUUGAUAGUCUACGAAUUUUGAUGAAUGAGAUAAAUCUAAGUAAACCGAAUACAAAUAUCAAUAAACGAUACAUAAUACCACUUAUUAUCACAAGCAACAGACGUUGGUCCCCAAAGAUCAGAUACAAUCAAUUCAAAAUGAGCAUAUGUAGUGGUUGAAACAGAAAAUGGCAAUUUAUGUGACUUCAUUUUUUGACAUGCAAUACAUACACCAUCAAGACAGAAUUUAUUUGAACCAAUACCAUAUUUUUCUAAAACAUUUUUAACUACAGAAGCACACGGGUGACCAGGACGGUUAUGCCACAAAGAGAACAUUGAACAAACCGUAACUUUAUUUUGUAUCCCAAUAUGAGCAGCAGAAGAAACUUCAGUAGAUUAAGUAGACACCCUUCAGCAAAGUUUCCCAAGUCUUGAUGUCCUUAAUAACACAAUACGUUGGAUAAAAAUCAAGAAAACAUCAUUGUCAUUAGCAAACUGAGACACAGAUAAAAGAUUCUUUCGUAUGCUUGGUACACAUAAAACAUUAGAUAGCCGUAGCAAUUUAGACUGAGUAGGUAAUACCCCAUUACCAACCAACAAAAUGACAGCAGGUGUUCCAUCACCCAUUAGUAGAGGGGAUGUACCUGAAUACGGCAUGGUAUCACUGAGCGCAAAAGUGUCGCGAUAUACAUGAUUACUAUCAUCGAAGUCGGGGUACCAUGACGCGGUGCCAACUGGUAUAGGAAUAUGGGAUUCAGUGCAAUCUCCAUUAAACCCGUACUGAGUAGUAUUUAUAUGGGAACCAAAAAAAUCAGAGUAGUCGGAGGUAUGUAAGUCGCCUAAGCCAGGAAGACUAAUGUAGGUGUCGAACCCAGUAUACACCCGGGCUCGUGGUUUAGUCUACCAAGUAACGGAGGUAGGACCAACAUUUUGUCCCGACCCAGGUGAUGGGCUAAUUUGAACAUAGUUAGAAGCAGGCUCAAACGGAUUUGAGGAAGCAAAUGGCCUAGCACCAACAUUUUGGCCCCCAAAGGUAUUCGGCCCAACAUGAGUUGGCCUAGGUGGAUUCAUCACCAAGAGUACAGGCCUAUAUGAUGGAUAUGGCACCAACAGCCCACGUGCCAAGUAAGAUGGUAUUCCAUGAUUCGGUCCACCAUAUGGACCCAUAAUUCUAAAAUUAUUUUGACCACUGUCCAACUGAUUUUGACUAAAGGCAUAUGCAACCCUAUGGUUCUUUGGUUGCGGCAUCCACCCCUCAUACACCAGCUCAUCAUGCGGCAAUGCCUAAGCAAAAGCAGAGGACGGCCCAAACAUCGAAGGAAAAGCUAAACAGAGGGCACGGGCAAAUCACCUUGAUGCAACAUUGGAGGCCCCGACGGUGGCGGAUUAGAGUUCCAAUGAUACCGGUAAAAAUACCGUUAAGCGAGGUAGUUAAACAUCUUACAGAUCUAACAUUGAGACUGCGAUCAAAAACUCCGCCCUUGUCCCUGAGAAAAUGACUGGCCUCUAUGGACAGUCUUCUCCACCACUUGUGUUGGCGUGUUUUCGACGAGAUUGGUAUGGAGAGGAACAUCAUGGAUAGCACAAGCUUGACGGUUCUCACAUUUAACAAGAGUAUCGACCAACCUUUGGAAGGGCACAGCAGUAGUUGACAAUGAGAACAAAUAAAUAAUGGCCUCAAAUCCGAGGAAGACCGGCAAAUAUCACUUCCUUCUUUUCCUUAUUCGAAAUUCGUGAACCUAAAGUCUCCAACAACGUACGCAAAUUCUUAAUCUGAGCUAAAUUAGUUUUAAUAGAUAGAUUACCUUUUUUAAUGAGUGUAGUUCAUGACGGAUGUGCGAAUGUUUGGCACUAGUGUCCGCCACAAACAGAUUCGUUGACGUGGUCCAAACAUCGCAUGUCGAUUGAGCAUCAGUGAAGGAGGUUUGGUAAGCAGUACUGAUCCUGGAGAGAAGCCACGAUGUUAGAAGACAAUCUUGUUGCUUAAACACUUGAGCCGACGGAUUUGGUGCCAGAGAUCCAUGUGGUGCUUGUAUAAACCGAGAUGGUGGAGGUAAGGUGCCAUCGAGAAACCCUAGAAGAUCAUAGCCAUCUAGAACAAGUCUUACUUGUUAUUGCCAUUGGAUGUAGGUUCCAUCAUCAAGUUUGACAACAUCAUGACGCGGAAACGAAUUGACCACACGAUCACUAUUGAAUAAAGCAUAGCUCGGUUCAGCAAUAGCGGAAUCAAUAGAAGUCAUGUUAGCCAUAGGUCCUGGAUCAGCCAGCGAAUAAUACCACGUUAGAAGGUAGGUUUACAGCGAUUUAGUAUAGAAUAAGAACAGAGUACUAAACUGAACUUUUCUAUUCUGAAUCUUGAAAGGAAUCCUUGCUCUGUUCAUUUUACAUCUCGAAUAUAUAAAGUGCUCUUUCAAUAAAUUGUUAGAUGUAUUAACAAUUUCAGUUUCAACUAAUUGCCUUAACUGUAAACUCUAAAAAUAUAGGAUAAAAUUUACAUUUAUCAUUGAUAAGUCAUAAUUUUUACAUAUUUUUAUCUCAUGCUUAGCACAUAUUUGGAUGAAUUAUCAUUAGAUUUAUGGAAUUUGAUGCUCUUAAUCCUUUGAUUUUAUGUUUUAUACUUAGGUGAGCAUAGGAGAGUAAAAAGAGUGAGAAACGGGCCAAAAAUUGAGAAAAUGGGUCAACGUGGGAAAUCAAUACGGCUUGGACUUCUUUACACGGGUAGACCACAUGCCCGUCUAGUUUUAGCAGACUCUAGCACGGCCUGGACUUCCUUACAUGGGUAGACCACAUGCCCGUGUCUAUUCAACAGAAUCUAACACAGUUUGAAACACUUACACACGGGCGUGUCCCGUCGAGCCCAAGUUUAGUUCUAUUCGGAAAAGGGCACUCUUGAGGGUUUGGAAGCAUUCUAAAGCCUAUUUAAACACCCUAGAGGAAUCACUUAGGGGAAACGCGGAGUAGGAGGGAAGGAACUACUCGAAGAAAGCCGAUUGAUCCAUCUUAGAAGCCGGAUUCUCCUUCAAGACUGAAGAUCUCCCUUCACUUUCCUUCGAGUUUUUUAGGUUUCUUUAUAUUUUGUUAUCAUUAUUCUUUUGAGAUGUUUUCUUUUACACUUAUGAACUAAAUCCCCUAAAUACCUAAGGGGAAUGAAACCUAAGACGGAUCUUGUUAUUAUUUUCUGAAUUAUAUGAUAAAUAUUUGAUUUGAUCUUAA